UUGUUCUACUAAAGAUGUACAAAUUAACACGAACCCUCGUAGGCAGGGUGGCUUUAAAAAGGCAUCAAUGUAUAAGAAUGAUUGCAAUAAAUAGUACAGUAGUAAAAAAGUUUGAAGACCAAAUCAAGCCGUGGCAUAAGAUUCCAGGACCACUAUCUCUUCCCAUAGUCGGGCAAUUACUUCAUUUUCUUCCAGGAGGAUGGCUGUAUAAACGCACUAUUGAGUUACAAGAAUUAUUGUACAAAAAUUACGGCCCUAUUGUCAGACUUGACGGAAACUUGGGGUUUGAGCCAAUUAUUUACAUCUUUGAUCCAGAGGCUGCAAUAAAUCUGUUUCGUAAAGAAGACCCGUUACCGCACAGGCCAGGUUUUGAAUCCAUUUUAUAUCAUAGAAAACGUUACUAUAACGAGAGCGAAGAUGAUUCCUCUGGAUUGAUUGUUGACAAUGGCGAAAAUUGGAGACAAUUACGAUAUAGCGUUAACUCGGUGAUGUUGAAACCAAAACCGAUCAAACAAUACGCCAACAUUAUGGCUGAAGUUGCAGAUGAUAUGAUUCAAAGAAUGAGACAAAUACGUAACAAGAAAAAUACGCUCGAAGGUAAUUUGUACACGGUAUUGAACCUUUGGGCAUUGGAAUCUGUCGGAGUGGUAGCACUCGGGCGCCGCCUCAAUUGUUUCGACCCUAACUUACCAGAUGAUUCUCCUGCUAAGAAGCUGAUAGCCACCAUUCAUGACGUACUAGAUGCAACGGAAAAACUAGAUUUUCAACCUAGUCUUUGGAAAUAUAUAGCAACGCCCGAUUUCAACAAAGGAAUGAAAUUGUAUGAGAAUCACAUGAAGUUAAACGAGUUUUUUAUAGACGAGGCUAGAGACCAAUUGAGAUUGAAAGGAGACUCACAUGAUAAAGACAAAAGCAUACUUGAAAAACUACUUGAAAUCGAUCGCAAAAUUGCAGUGGCGAUGGCUAACGAUAUGAUGUUUGCAGGCGUUGAUACGUUUCAGACUGCCAGUUCCGUUUUGGGGUUACUUUACCUUCUGGCCAUAAAUACUGAAAAGCAGGAGAAAUUGAGAGCGGAAGUCUUGAUGAAACAAGAAAAGCAUCCGUAUCUCAGAGCUUGCAUCAAGGAGAGCUUGAGAUUAUUUCCUAUUGUUAGCGGGAAUUUCAGAAAAACUACAAAAGAACACUAUAUUUUGGGUUACAAAAUACCGGAAAAUAUGAAUAUUAUAGUAGGCAACCAACAGUUGUGCUUGAUGGAGGAACAAUUUCCAAGACCUACAGAGUUUAUUCCAGAAAGAUGGAUUGUUGGAAAAUCUGACCCUCUAUACUAUGGAAAUGCCCAUCCAUUUUCCUAUACCCCCUUCGGGUUUGGAGUGCGGAGCUGCAUAGGUCGACGUAUAGCUGAGCUGGAGCUUGAAACUAUCAUUGCUAAGAUAAUAGAGAACUUCCAAAUGGAAUGGUUCGGACCACCACCGACACGAACGCGAUCGAGUACCCUCAACUUCUUUCUUGGACCCUACAAUUUUAUCUUCAAAGAUGUGGAGCUCUAGAAUACUUUAAGUUGUUCAGAAACAAUUAAAAUUAACUAUAUCAUA